CUGCAACAAGCAUAAAUGUUCAAAUAUUGUAUUUUUUUUUUGUUAUUAUGUAUAAUCGAAUGCGUGAUCAACACGAAGGCUGCAUGUAGGCAAGAAUUUUCUCAAUGGAGUUCAUGGACCGCAUGUAGUUCAACGUGUAGUUAUGGACAUGAAUCUCGAAAGAGGACAAAGUGCAAUCCUGAUACUGCUUCCACUGGUGCGGAAAAUGAACAACGAUUCUGCAUGCUACGCUUUUGUCCUAGCUAUUUGACUUGGCCGCGAAUGCAUUUUUACGGGAAGUUGAUUGCAGACGUCAGUACAAGGAACAAUAUACGAUGCAAUUACGAUACCAAACAUUUUGUAACUGCAUUUGGGUCAAGAUCCGACCAUAACUGGAACCCAGACGGAAGUGGAAAUAUUUACUUUACAGAUACGACGGUCACUUCAUUAUGCACAGCACCAGGGACUUGCUCCACAUCAGCUCAAAUAGUUUCAUCGUCUCUGCGAGAAAAAUCAAGAGCAUCUCUUGUCGAUGUCGAUACAGAUUGGCAGCGUAUAUGUGAAAUAUGGGGUUUACAUAUUGUGAUAUCAGGCAUUCUUGAAGCAAAAUAUACCAGAAUAUCGAUGGGGAAAAUGAAAAGUAGAACAAAAAAAGUUGAUGGAGACGCAGCUAGUAGCGUUAAUUUCAAAACUAAACUGACCAACAUCAAAUGGCUGAAUAACUACUACAAAAACAUGUUUUACAACGCUUCCGAAUUGUCGAUGUCAUUUGUUUUUGAUCUGUAUCAAUUCAAAGAUAAAUCAGGACGGAUUUCAGGAACGAUUGGAAUGACAUCUUUAGACGACCCACUUCAAACAGUAGCUACAAGAGUUAUGAGGGCAGAUGGUUGGAAAAAAGUUGGGUUUGCACCGUUUGUCGUACAUUACGAUAAGAAAUACUUGGUCUUGGAUAUAUCGAAUUCUAUAGAAUGUGAGGAAAAUGGAAAAUUUGGACCUGUUAAAAACCUCGACUUAGCUGUAAGGGUAAAACUGAAAGAAUAUUGCAAAUAUUACUGGCAUAUAAAGAGUUGUUGGUCGCCAUAUAACUCUGACAGUGAAAUAAUCAUAUAUUUAACAAAGAAUGGGGAAAUUUCAAAACGAAUAAACUCAGGUCAGGAUUGGUAUGAAACAUUUGCUGGAAUAAUGGACAUUAGUUUGAUGAAUGUGGAUGCGAAGAUGAUGGAAAUUCUAAAAUAUAAUCAAUUAAUGUUAGUUGAGAGGAGCAAUACGAAGAAGAGAUCUUUCCGGAUUGUUUUGCGGGAAUCUGAGUUUGGUUUGCAUGUCGGACCAGUAGAAAGAGCUGUCUUCAGACUCAAUGUCGGCCAAAGUGAAACUUUAAAAUUAUUUGUCAGUAAGUUUGGUGCUCCAUCCCCGUCAAUACAUGUAGAAAUGAAUACUUUUACAUACUUCAAUAAAGACGGCGAUAACUGCCCAUUCUAUUGCAACAGAACUAUUGGGUGGCCUAAGGAAGUUUUAUCAAUACAAUCAUUUCAUGAAGCACCGCUGACAAACAGCGCGGGAAUAGUUAGCUUCGUUUUGAAAGCUGUUCAAAAUCCACGCUUUCCUCGACGUUGUGGACUCGAUGGCCAGGUGUACCCGAUUCAAAUUCUUAUCAGGUACAAGUCUAAGUCUAAGUCUUAUGUGUUUGAAGAAGGCGCCAGGCCAGGGAAUUUAUUUCCAAACAUUGACUUUACAAGUUUUCCUAUAGCUACUCUUGUGUUUGGUGAAGUUGAAAACAUAGACUGCCCAAGAUGGGAAGAUGUCAAAGAUAUUUUCCAGCUUUACUAUAACUUAUAUCCAGUAAUGUGGAAAAACAACAUAAUCGACAUGAAUUCGUUCGAAGACGUUAAAAGUAAAGCCCAUAUGCUCAAAAUGUCGAUGUUUGAAUUUGAUAUGGAAAAUUCACGAUACAUGCCAAGACAACGGGAUUUGUCAUAUAGCAAAAGACGUCUUGUAUGGAAUUGGAUGAAAUGUGGAAUGAGGAAAGGAUCACUCAGUAUAAGAGAAGAACGGACAAUGAAUCUGUGUACUGGGGCGUCACUACAAAAGAAAGUGGAAGAACUGAAACAGGACAUUCAAAACGCAAUUUUUGCAGAAAUCUCGGUUAUACCCCCGUAUCUAACGGCAUGGUUGAGUAUAAAAUGGAGUCGAGGUAGAAACAGAGAAGUUGCAGACAUUCUGAAGGAAAUACUACAUGACGAAAUGAGACAUAUGACGCUUGCUACUAAUAUUUUGAAUUCGAUCGGCGGAAAACCUGAUUUCACAACAAACCCCCCUGCUUAUCCUUCUACAAUAGGUAUGGGAAGUUUCUAUGGCCUUGAUAAGGGGCAUGUUCUUUCUCUCGGUCCUGUAUCAAUUGGUAGAAUUAAUGAUGUGUUUUCCAGAAUUGAGCAACCGGCCAACGACAAUGGAAAAGAGCUGAUGUCGUUCUUUGUCAUUCUAUGGAAAGUAGUAUUGGCAGUUGAAAAGUACGAAGGGAUGGAGUCAACAACAGAAAAAAGUUUAUUACAGGCCGUCAGAAAGUUGCACCAACAUACGAACAAACUAAAAGCAAAUAAAACGUGCAUCUUUGAAAAUCAGAUGUGGAAAAGAAUGAAAACCAAACAACAGAAGAUUGCUCAUAUUUGGCGGUUGAUUAAAAAGUUUACUGGCGACAAACUGUUGGAUAUUGCGAAACAGGAAAUGCACACUAUUGGAGGCUUUUACGCUAAAUUAGCUCUCAAACUUGCUAACGUGGAGGCUUGCGUUAAACUUCAAAAACAAGAAAGUGGCGGAAACUCGUAUUCUAAAAAUAGGAUUCGUGAUCGAACAAUAUUCAUAGGGAAUUCUGCUAGGCAGCUAAAAUCAAAACAUUGGUACAAACGCCCAUCCACAAAUACGGAAAUAGAUUGCACGGCUGAAAAAAUAUCACGCACUAUGGGUAAUUUUCCACCUCCUGACAGCGCUCAUGGUAGAGAAGCACUCUGGAGAUUUGCGAGAAAAGAAAACAGGUCAAUGCGCGAGAAAAGCAAUGAAAACUGUGGUUCCGUAAAUGAUCUGGAGAAAGCACCUACUACAAUUUUUGAAGUUACCAAUCUUUCAUCUGCCCUUCGUUCUCUAAUAGAGAUAGUUUACGAAGGGGGAGGGGGUUCCGCUUGCUCACCUUAUGAAGAAUUAUAUGGAAACGACUCAACAGUUUUAUCUCAUUUUUAUCGUUUCCAAGAAAUAGUAAAUGGUCGCAAACUUAUAAAAAUUCCUCUUGAUAAAGUUUUGCCAACUUACCAAUGUGUUAAUAUGUCAAGAUGGUGUACUAAUUUCCACAGCCAAUGGAGGUAUUGUUACGCUGGAGAUCCUAUAACAUUUUAUGAAGAUGGCGUUUGGUCAAUUUCUUCGGAAGGUAAAUUCAAUCCAUAUGUUUUUGGUACUUACGUACAGAGACUUGACAGGCAGUUUUCGUUGAUUUAUUCGAGAUUAUUACGAUGCUUGGAGAAAGUCUUUAAUGGCAAUCCUGACCAAAUUAAAAUUUGCAUGGUGGAAAUGUACGAGUUAACGAUGGUUGGUAGAGAACUAGUUGCAACAAAUAUUCAACAUACGAAUAACACCGACGGGCAGUCUGUACCAACACACAAACGUGGUUGUCCUACAUUUUACUAUAUUUCCGACUAGUUCUAAUUAAAUAAUACUUUAGAUACUGUGAAUUAGCUACAUUAGUAAAAAAGUAUUUCAACCAACUUUUUGAUUGUAUGUCAUUCAUAAAGCAAAGAGAGGAAUAAAAUCUAGUACAUACUGUAUCUGUUCCUUAUAAGAAGAUCAAUAUGACGAUUGAUAUUGUUUGCAUAUCUAGCGACAGCGAUGCGA